GUAAACAUGUGGCUCACUUCCGGUGUGGCUCACACGCGCCUGGUCCUGAGCCGCGGCUCUUCUCUGAGUCAAACCUGAGUCAAACAGGACUGAGACUGUCCCGAGGUGUCCCCAGGAGCCUGAACAGGCGGGGGACGGAGGACACGUCCCCGCUGGUCCCUGUCUCCUCCUGUCCCCGCUGUAGGACUGUUGUCUGAUUUGUCUCCUCGUGUCUCGCUGUUGGACUGCUCCUGCUGCUGUUGUCUGAUUUGUCUUCGUAGCUUUGUACGGGACGGUGGACAUGUCUCCGCUGUAGGACUGCUGCUGUAGGACUGUUGUUGUUGGACAUGGAGCUGGACAAUCGGGACUUUUUGAACACUCCUCCAAUGAAGACAGUCCGCUUUGGGGGGACAGUGGCGGACACUUUAGCCAAAUACAAAAAGGGGGAACUGAGCGACUAUGAGCUGCUCCGACAUCAGUUGGCCGACCCCGAGAUCAAGGACGCUCAGAUCAUCAACUGGCUGCAGGAGUUUAGGAGCUGUGUGACUCUGCUCAGCAAAGAACACGAGCAGCUCAUACACACUGUGCUGCGCCUCCCGUGGGUGGGGCGCAGUCAGGCGGUGGUGGAGGAGUAUCUGUCGUUCCUGAGUAACCUGGUGUCUGCACAGACGGUGUAUCUGUGCUCCUGCCUCAGCAUGGUGGUCUCUCACUUCAUCCCCAAGCGAGUGACCCUGAGCGAAGGAGGAGUGGACUUCUCAGACUCAGACGAUGAAUAUGAAAACCUGCCCAGGAACUUUGAGCAGUGUCACCAGGCUCUGCAGCUCAUCUCCAGAUACGUCCCGUCGACGGACCGCUUCCUCACUCCCAUCCUGCAGGAGAAGUUCCCCUUCAUCCAGAAGUCGUCCAGGACUUUGGAGUGUUAUGUCCACAACCUGCUGCGUGUGAGCGUGUACGUCCCGUCCGUGCGCAGAGACGUCCUUGAAAUCAUCAUAGAAAAGAUGCUCCAGCUGGAUGUCAGCGCCUCCAGGACUGACAUCGAGGAGGCGGAGGAGCGAGCGAUACCCCAGGAGCAAGAGGAGGGGCUCUUUGACAUGGACGAGGACCUCCAUGUACAGCCCCCCUCCUCCAUCAUGGCUCACCCGGUGGCUGAGCGGCUCGACAUCCUGAUGGCCGUGCUUCUUACGUAUGUCAAAGACGUCUGCCAUGUCAACGGCUCUCUGCAUCUGGACCAGACCAAGGCGCUGUACAGGGACCUGCUGACCGUGUUCGAUAAGGUCAUUCUGCCCACGCACGCCUGCUCCCACGUCCAGUACGCCCUGUUCUACCUCUGCAGCUUCAGACUGGCUCUGUCGGAGGCCUUCCUGGAGCACCUCUGGAGACUGGUCCAGAACCCCUCCCAGGCUGCAGUUCUCCGACAGGCCGCUCUCGGAUACAUGGGCAGUUUUCUCGCCCGCGCUAAGUUCAUCCCCGUCGCGACGGUGCGGGCGUGUCUCGACCUGCUGGUGUCCUGGAUCCAUUCAUAUUUAGACUCUCAGGACUCUGUGGACAAACAGUUCUGUGACCUGGACCUGCACGGGCCGUUCUACAGCGCCUGUCAGGCCGUGUUCUACACCCUGGUGUUCAGACACAGAGCCAUGCUGGAUGGAAACAUGAAGAGAGGGCUGGAGUAUCUCCAGAGUCUGAACCUGGAGCGUGUGGUGAUGUCUCAGCUCAACCCUCUCAAAGUUUGUCUCCCCACAGUCACACACAUGUUCGCCGCCAUCAUGAGGAGGUACCAGGUGGUGUUCUGCUACACCGUGAUCGAGAGGAACAGCAGACACAUGUUGCCCGUCGUGCGCAGCUCCACCGGAGGAGACAGAGUCUCCACCAACACCAACCCCCUGGACUGUUUCUUCCCCUUUGACCCCUACCUGCUGAAGAGGUCGGGGAAGCUGAUCCAGCCUCUGUACCAGGUCUGGGAGGAGCCCACUGAGUCUGAGCUCCACGCUCCCGCCGCCACACGCCAGGCGUCCCGGGACGACGAGGACGACUUCCUGUGCGGAGAGACUCCAAAGACAGAGUGCAUUGUGGGAAUGACUCCGAGUUCAUACGAGUCUGGAGCUCUGAGCCCGAGCAGUGUGGGAUCUCCACCCUUCAGCCUCCACCGAGGGCUUUAGAGCACCACCCAGUCUGAACACGGGACUGGACCAGGGACUAAACCAGGGACUAAACCAGGGACUGAACCAGGGACUAAACCGGGACUAAACCAGGGACUAAACCGGGACUAAACCAGGGACUAAACCAGGGACUAAACCGGGACUAUCCAAAAUCAUGUGCCGCAGGGACAAGGUGGUACCACAAUAUGAGAUAAUCGUUGUUAAAAAAUCUCAUUCAUGUGUCUGAGUCUGGAGGUUUUGACGUCAGAAUAUUUGAUCAUUUAUUAUUAAAGUAUUUCAUAUAUUUGUGUUAAAAGGAAACUUUUAGUUGUAAUUAUGAUUAACCUGGAAAUACCAAGGAAAUAAAUAUUUUGUAAAAGUGUUGUGUCUGAACAUUUAAGUGGCCACACCUGGAGACACAGCAGUUUAUCACAACAUUAAGUCAAUGUUUGGUGAGACGUUGUUUAUAUCUGCGUUUUACCAUCUUGUUUUUACUCUGCGUCUCUUGUUCCAUCAUCUCCUUUGGUCCUUCACCAGGUCUGGAUCCGCCCCAGACCCCGCGGGGAGCUAGGACCCCUCAAACGGGACAGUUCAGAGACACGUUUAUGG